UCAGCGAGGCGUGUUCGACCAGUGCGGAAGUUGUCAUGUGUCCGUCCGGCAAUGUGUAAAAUGUCCUUGGUUGUUGGGUGACGUGAGGGGGAAAAAAAAACAAACAAACUUGUGUUUUACCAAGCCUUUUGUAUUGUAAUUAGCUGGUUGGCUUGAACUCCACAAACAAUCCGCCAUGCCUCUUCAUAAAUACCCCCCCAAAAUCUGGGAGGCCCUGAAACUGAAGAAGGGCAUCUACGCUCGUCUCCCUCAACACUACCUCAAGUCCCUGGAGCAGAGGGAGCCCACCCCGGUCCACUGGAGGCCCCUAGGAGUCCAGUACAGAGCCAACCCCGUCACAGGGCAGAAGGAGCGGGUGCAGGACGUCCCUGUGCCCAUCUACUACCCUCCACACUCGCAGGAUGGCCUGUGGGGAGGAGAGGGGUGGAUAUCAGGGUACAGAUACGCCAACGAUGACAAGAUGUCCAAUCGCCUGAAGAAGGUGUGGAAACCUCAGCUGUUCAAGCGGGAGCUCUACAGCGAGAUCCUCGAGCACAAGUUCACCAUCACCGUCACGGCCCGGACUCUGGACCUCAUCGAUGCCGCCUUCGGGUUCGACUUCUACAUACUGAAGACCCCAAAGGAAGACCUGAACUCCAAACUGGGGAUGGACCUGAAGCGGGCCAUGCUACUUCGCCUGGCUCGCAAAGACACAGAGCUGUACCCCGACAACCCGACCAUGAGAGAGAAGGUCUACAGCAAAUACAAGCAGUUUGAGGUCCCAGAGGAGGAGGCAGAGUGGGUGGGUCUGAAUCUGGAGGAGGCUGUGGAGAAACAGAGGCUGCUGGAGCACAAGGAGCCAGAGCCCUUGUUUAAGACGUGUGUGGACCAGCUGGCGAAGGAACUGACCAUCCAGAAGCUCUCUGAGCCGCAAGUCAUAGAGAAGAAGUGACGCCCCGGGCCACAGGAGCAGGACACAGGCAGCUCUCAGGCUGAAAUGAAUUCGGUCGAACGGUCGGGCUUCUCCAGGCGCUGCUGUGAGCCGCCACCUCUGACUUUCUCUCUGGAAACUCGAGUUCCUCCGUACUGAAUGUACACACAGGAUAACUUCCUGAAAGUGUCGAGUCACUUCCUUUUGUGAGCAACGGAAGGUGGAAGUGACACAAACGACAAGGUUGUGUUGGAGUCAUGUUUAUUUAUUUUAGUUUUUGAUUUGUAAGACCCCAUUUCAGUCUGAGAUCGUCUCCACCGAUGUAAAUAUCCCCCAGCCGCUGUGAUGCAGAGGUCAUCUAAUAAAUAAAAGGCUCUGUUUUUUCUUAAA